GUUUCCAUCCAAAGAAUCAGUAGUCAGUAAAAAACACAGUUGAAGACAAGUGAUUUCUUUCGUUGUUAAAUUUUCACCUGACCAAACAAACAGGCCAAAGAGACCCAGAGGGAAGGAGAGAAAUGAGUCCCCAUCUUCUUCUUUCUCAGAUGAACCUCACUACUCUCUCUUUUCCUUACAAAUCUCUUAAAAAUCUAUCCUUUAUAUCCACUAGCAAUCACUCACUUCCUUCCCCGUCUCUUCACUUCAACUCCAAUCUCCUCCUUCAAUCUCCAGGACAUAAAUUCAAGCUGACCCAGAAGCCCAAAAUCCUCCCUUUUACUACCAAGAGCUCUGCUCAAGUUGAUGAUAUAUCUGGAGUUGUUAAAGAGAAGAGUGUUUCUGUUAUUCUGUUGGCUGGAGGGCAGGGAAAAAGAAUGGGUGCAAACAUGCCGAAGCAGUAUCUACCACUUCUUGGCCAACCUAUUGCUUUGUAUAGUUUGUACACUUUCUCAGAAAUGGAUGAAGUGAAAGAAAUUAUUGUAGUUUGUGAUCCAUCCUACAAGGACAUUUUUGAAGAUUCUCAAGAACAGAUCAAUGUAGACCUUAAAUUUGCACUGCCAGGAAAGGAGAGACAAGAUUCUGUAUACAGUGGGCUUCAGGAAGUUGAUUUGAAUUCCGAGCUUGUCUGCAUCCAUGACUCGGCAAGGCCUCUGGUAUUGUCAGAAGAUGUGGAAAAGGUCCUUAAAGAUGGUUGGAUAAAUGGAGCUGCUGUACUUGGUGUUCCUGUUAAAGCUACAAUCAAGGAGGCAGAUGGUGAAUCUUUCGUAGUGAGAACUCUUGACCGCAAAACACUUUGGGAAAUGCAGACCCCCCAGGUGAUGAAACCCGAGUUGCUUAAGAAAGGCUUUGAGCUGGUGAAUAGAGAGGGUCUUGAAGUCACCGAUGAUGUAUCUAUUGUUGAGCACCUUAAGCAUCCAGUAUACAUCACUGAAGGAUCAUACACAAACAUCAAGGUCACAACCCCUGAUGAUUUGUUGCUUGCAGAGAGAAUUUUAAGCACGAGCUCUUGAGUUAUCGGAGUAAACUUUGUUUUCCUUUCGUAUUUUUCUCGUAGGACUAAAUAAUAUACUUAAAUUUCAAUUUCAAAUUUCAGCUUCACCUGAAUUUUGGUGGAGGCAAUCUGAGAAAUUUUGGCUUAAUAAAACCAUGGUUUACCCAGCAAAA